CACGCGGUGACGUCGCGACGCGGUAGUGGUACGCCCUGCAGCGGGCUGUGAAGAUGGCGGACGAGGAGGCCGAGCAGGACCGCAGUCCCGGGAGCGCUGUCGGCGGAACGGUUUGGGAACUCGGACAGCGGCUGCAGGUACUGCAAGACGCGGUGGGUGGACGCGGCGACGCCCCGGUCCACUCAUCGUCCGAGUACUGCCAGGAGUUCUGUAAGAAGUCAAGUGGGUACCGUUGUCCACCACAGAUGCAAACUGAAACCAGUUCCACAUACGGACUGAUGACUUAUUACAAGACACUGCUGGAGUAUGCAGGCUGUUGGAAGAUAGAGGAAGAGCCUCUGCCACUGGUGGAAGUGUAUAUAGUCGCAUUGCUGAGUUAUGCGCAGGCCUCGCCAUACCUCUCCCUGCAGUGUGAAAAUGUUCCUCUUGUGAUUGAGAGGCUGUCACUGAGUUUUGUGGAGCUUUUGCUGUCAUUGAAGGAGGAUAUUCCAGAUGGCUUGUGGAAAAAAUUCCAGUCAUCUGUGCAGUUUGCCCACAGUAAGCUGCAGGAGAAUGGUCUCGCUCAGCUGUCCCUGCUGUCUGCUUUGGGCCAGUAUGAUGGUGUUUGGACAAACAGUGUCUUGCGAGGUCUUCUGUCCAACGAACAUCUACAGAUGGAUCAAGUUGAGGAGUUCCUGGUGCAGGAGGGGCUGGUCCUGCUGGAGAUGAGAGUGAAGCAGCUGAUGAAGGAGAAGCAGUUUGAGAAGGCUGCACUGCUGGCAAAGACGUGCUUUGACUGUUCUGGUCUCCAAGGGAAGGGGUCUUUCAAGCAGAUGUACCUUGUCUGCCUCUGUUCUACCUCUGAACAGGAUCAGCUCAUGGAUGAGCUUUCAAAGGAGGACUGCCAAGAUGCAUUGGAGAUGAUCUGCAACCUGGAGUCAGACGGGGAUGAGAUGGCAGCCUUCAGCUUAUGUUCGGCCUUCCUGAGUCGACAGCUUAUUCAAGGAGAUGCAUACUGUGCUUGGGAGCUCACUCUGUUUUGGAGCAAGCUGUUGAAGCGGUUGGAGUCAUCAGAACAGGCUUUCCUUGACAGAUGCCGCCAGAUGUCAUCCCUUUCCAAAACUGUGUACCACAUCCUGUUCCUCAUCAAGGUCAUCCAAUCAGAGAUUGACAGCAUUGGUCUGCCAGUGUGCAUUGAAAUGUGCAUAAGGGCUCUGCGAAUGGAAUCAGAUGAUGGAAACACCAAGGCCACGGUGUGUAAAACUAUUUCCUGUUUGCUUCCUACUGACCUAGAGGUCAAGCGAGCCUGUCAGCUGACUGAGUUCCUCCUGGAGCCCACAGUGGAUUCAUACUAUGCUGUGGAGACUCUUUACAAUGAACCAGAUCAAAAGCUGGAGGAGGAGAAUAUGCCCAUUCCCAACUCGCUACGCUGUGAACUCCUACUGGUUUUUAAAACCCAGUGGCCUUUUGAUCCAGAGUUCUGGGACUGGAAAACACUAAAGCGUCAUUGUUUAGCAUUAAUGGGUGAAGAGGCUUCAAUAGUGUCAUCCAUUGACCUGCUGAAUGAUACAGAGAGCCCUGAAGAAGAAGAAGACUUUUUCAGUCAGGAGAAUAUCCCAGACUAUUUAGUCAGUGGCACUAACGAACUAAAAGAUGUCACAGACAAGAGAGAGAAGAACAGAGAAAUGAAGAAACUUAGAGAAAAGGGUUUCAUAUCUGCCAGGUUCAGAAACUGGCAAGCAUAUAUGCAAUACUGUGUGCUGUGUGAUAAAGAGUUUCUCGGCCACCGGAUUGUACGCCAUGCACAGACUCAUCUGAGCAGUGGAGUAUACAGCUGCCCUAUAUGUGCUCAAACAUUUUCCACAAAAGAUACAUUGAUUCCCCAUGUAACAUCACAUGUUAAACAGUCUUGCAAGGAAAGGCUAACUGCAAUGAAAUCAAACAAAAAAUUGGCUCAUCCCAAAACAGCUUCCCCUAUCUUUUCAGAUUUAAAGGGCAAGACAGAAAACAAACUAUAUAAAAAUAGUGAUUCUCUUGGGGGAAAAGGGGCGUUGGUCAAUAAUAGUCAGGCCAGAGUGGGCAGAUGCAGCACUGAGAGUUGUGAGGAAAAUGUAUGCCCUGUUGGAAAAUGCAGAAGGAGCUUUAAAUUUUUCAAAAAUCUUGUUGCACAUGUAAAAUCCCAUGGGGACAACGAAGAAGCAAAGACUUUCCUUGAAAUGCAGAGGAAGAAGGUUGUUUGCCAGUACUGCCGCCGCCACUUUGUUAAUGUCACCCAUCUCAACGAUCAUUUACAGGUCCACUGUGGUGUGAAGCCGUAUAUCUGUAUACAGUUAAACUGCAAGGCGAGUUUCUUGUCCAACACUGAGCUCCUUAUACACAGGAAAACACAUGCUGUUUUUAAGGCUAGAUGCAUGUUUCCCAAUUGUGGAAAGACAUUCAAUGAGGCCUUCCGGCUGUAUGACCAUGAAGCACAUCAUUAUAAAACUUUCACUUGUAAAGUUAUGGACUGUGGAAAGGUAUUUCAUUCACAACAGCUGCUGGAUUUGCACCAAGAGGAGCAUGCCACUCAAGAGGACAGCCCAUCUUCUGAACAGACAGAACAAAAUGUGCAGGCUGGCCCUUCACUCAUUGAGCAAAUGCUUUCAAAUCACACUCCCCAACUACAAGAGAAUUCCCAAGAGAACUGGAAAACUGAAAAUGCUGUUAAUCCAGAUCAUGGAAGGCUGCCAGUGUCAAUUGAGAGUUUGCUGAAAUCCUCACAAGUACCUGUGGAAACCCUGGGAGAGCAUAGACUCAAACAUGAAUCACAAGAUAUGCCUAUCUCAACCAGUAAGACACGGAGUUUAAAUCAUUCUGUGAUUCAGCCUGCAAAUUCCUUCAUGUCCGAUCCUAAUAGACACAGCGAUGGUCAUUCUUUUGAUUAUAUGAGACCACCUCAACAGAAUCAACCUGUACAUCAAUUUGAACCGAAAGCGUCUCUUAGCUGUAAUACACAUGUUUUACUGGGCCAAUCACAGAUGUUCCCUAGUACUGUGAAUACUGGAUCAAUGAGUUACAACUCGGACUGCAGUGUACCAUUGCCAGGACUGCAACGUCCAAUGUGUUUCACCAAACGUUUAAUGGUGUCACUGCCUAAAAAUUCCAUAGAUCCAGCAAUGUCACAACCACUUCCUCCAACAGUAACUCCUCAACCAUUGUCUGGGAACAAACCAGAGAACGUUGUGUCAUCCACAACUUCCAAAGGUCCUGCUCCAGGACAGAGAGACCGAUUUCACUGUGCAUUUGAAAUGUGUACAAGGCACUACAGCUCCCACAGAAGUGUUACCAAGCACAUGAAAACGAUUCACCCAGAUUUCUAUGAGCAAUGGAAAGUUGCUCGAACUAAAAUCAAGAUAACCCACUCUUUGGCACCAAGCACAUCAUCUGCCGGAAAUCUCUGUUUAGGUGAUUCACUUCCAAAUUCGCAUGGUAAUGAAGUACCAGUUCAUGGGGUUCAGAGGCAGAAUGUUAUACAAUCACCUCCUUAUACUAACAUGGGCACAAGCUCAAACUAUACUAACCUGCAUUCCCAUUCAUCUGCUCACAACCAGAAUGCAUCACUCCUGAUGGAAAGCGUGUUAAAUCCUAUUGUUCUCUCUCAGUUAGGAAGUGAUACAAGUUUAAUAACUAUGCGUUCCCAAGUUUUAGGUAGUCAAAAUUGGCACUCAACCAUGAACAAAUCAGCCAAGUCUUUGCAGUCCCAGUCAGUUUUCCCCUUGUGCAUUGAUGGUGCAAAGGAAGUGUCAGAGCAAGCGGAAGACCGUCUUCCGGCAUAUACAUCACAGAUGCAAAGCAGUUUAGUCUCAGGUCCCAAGGCACAAGAUAAGUUAAUGCAAAAUCAUGUACAGUCCAAUUUCCCCUCACCAGGCAUUGCAGGCCACAAUAGCAGUAGCAACCAACCUCAAAAUGAUGCCGUCAUCACUGAAAACAAUCCUGACAAUCAAAAACGAGUCAAAAGGAACAGAAGAACCAAAUGCCCAGCUAUUAUUAAAGAUGGCAAAUUUGUUUGUCGCAGGUGUUUUAGACAAUUUGAUAGUCCAAAAUCCCUCGGAGGCCACUUGUCCAAGCGUACAAUCUGCAAACCAUAUGAAGAGUCUCAGCUGAACACAGAUCUGCCAACAUCAUUUCUUGACCUCCUUAAUUCAGAUCAAACAGUUGGCACUGCUCAGCCACAGUUGUCUUAUAAUCAUUCUGCUGUGUAUCAAGAAAAGCCUCAUCCGUCAGGGACAAGUGCUUCAAAAGCCACAAAAGAUUACCACACUACCAGUUACCCGCAAGAUAAUUUGACAGCAUAUGGGAAUGAUGAGCCAAGUUAUGACAUUCUCAAACCAAUCAUGGCUGAAUCCAAUUUUGUAUACACUCCCCAGCCAUUGUUUCAAAACCCUUGUGUUACCUAUGGAGCCAGUGAGCGUUUGCCAGGUAGCUCAGUUAUACAACAUACAGAAAAUAUCCAGCUGAAGAGAGAGGAGAGGCGAGAGGACAAAUUGUAUAGUACAGCCCAUUAUCCUCAGCAAACCACUGAUGCAUUUGGUGGAAGUGCGUUUCCUGACCCACUUCUUUCUCAGAUGUUCAAAGAAAACCCUCCCCUUGAUGUUCCUGGCAGUGUUCCUACAAACCAUGUAACUUCUGGGGCAAUUCACGGUCAAGGGUAUCACUCAGGGACAACCAUUCAGAUACCAGAUACAGGUUUAAACCCAGUGAUGAAAACAGAGUUACCUGAUAGUCAGCUUAGUCCAGCAACAAGUGGUAAGCAGGCUGAGACACAAAGGAAGGCUACUGAGCAAGAUAUUAAAAAGAGACUGCGGGAGCAGAUUCUGGCCACCAACUUUCAACGUAGAAACAGCUCAUGUGUUUCAGGCAAUACUGUUGCCAAUGCCAAUUCAAAGAAUUCCAUGUGUUUUGGUCAAAUGUGCAGCCCUUCCAAUAAUCCUGGACUUGAUCAGAUGUCUCCUGAUGCAAAGAUUGACUUGGCUAGUCAAGGACAAGUCAUUCAAGAAAACCCUGUAUUCAUACCAGGAACAUCCGGUGAAAUCGAACAACUAUUGAACACCCACAGCUUUACUUGUUUCAGAGAGACCACCCCCCUGCCACAGGAAGUACUGAGUCCCAUGGGAAUUUUUACAAAUGAUGUAGAUCCAGAACCCAUGCAGUUGUCUGCCAGCCAGCAACUGUGGAUGACAGGAAUUCAAAGUGCAUUUGAGAGGCUGAGCUUGGCCAAAGAAAUAUCCGAUCAGAUGUCAGCUUCCUUGAAACAUAAUAACAAAACUAUGAACAGACAGACAGGACAUGCGGUGGUGCAUUUGCAUAGUUUGACAUCGUCCCAGCCUGUCAAGCAAUUUAGUUGUGAGAACGAGACCUGCACAUUUAGUUCCAUAUCAAGUGAAUCGCUAUGGAAACACCUUUCCAAAACUCACUACUACACACUUGAGAUGGUGAAUGUGGUUAAAAAAAGGUAUGGGCUAUAUGCCCCCUUCAAAUGUGAAAGGUGUAGUAAAACAUUUACUCGUAACUCAAACCUUCGCACUCACUAUCAGUCAGCUCACAAAUUAUCAGCAAAAGAAAUCUCAGAUCUAGAUAUGAAGCGCAGGCUGGCCAAAUCUCCCGCAUCUGCUACUGUUCAAAAGUGGCCCGUUGGCACAAACCAGGCCCCAGAGGCUCUAACGACGCCUCUGUUUCCACUCCAAGAUGUAGUAAAAUGUGAAAUCCCAUCGCAGGCACUUUUACCAAAUUCUAACAUGGACCUACCUAAAGUUAAAUUUGAAGAUGACAAUUGUUCCACAGUCAUUCAUCCCUUGCGCAACCAAGCUUUGACUCCACAAGUACAGGCCCAGACCACCACAGGGCCCCCGUCUUUCGACAUGAGGGGUGCUAACAGACAGGUAAUAGUUAAGCCAAACAUAGAAAUGACCAAGAAGUCAAAAGAGAAGAAGUCAAACUCUGAUGAUGACAUGAGUCCAUACAGACCGUAUCGCUGCGUUCAUCAAGGCUGUGUGGCAGCCUUCACCAUCCAGCAUAAUCUGAUCCUCCAUUACAGGGCUGUACAUCAGUCCGCUUUGUCAGCACUGGAGGUGAACAAGGAGCAGGACCAGGUGGAGGGACUGGAUGACAUAUCGGAACAUGAUGAUGAGGAUCCAGAGGCAGACAUUCCCCAAAUUUCUGAAUUCAGAUGCCAAGUCAAAGACUGCUCUCGAGUUUUCCAAGAGGUUCCCACCCUUUUGCAGCACUAUCUUCAGCUGCAUGAACUCAGUCUUGGUAAGGUUGACAGUCUCUUGUCCAACAUGAAGCUUGGCAAGUUUACUUGUGGCCACCAAGGAUGCACUGCAUCCUUCAUUACUCAUUGGAAGUAUGUUGGGCACGUCAAAGAACAGCAUAAAGAUAUAAAGCUGUCGAAACCCGAACAAUCAAAUGGCUCAUUCAUGUGUGAAAUUGAAGGCUGUGACCGUUCGUAUGCAACAAAGUCAAACCUUCUCAGACAUGUCAUGAAGAAGCAUCAGGACUUGCACCAGUCUAAAUUAAAAAGUCAACAAAAUAAAGAAGAUGGCAUGAAACAGAACUCAAAAACUUUGCAUUACCAAAUUACCAAGACAAGUAAUGGGAAGGAAAACAUUGAGAGCAAUAAAAAGAUCCUAAAGAAGGCAGGGGAUACAAAGAGAGUUGGCAAGUCAAAAUCCAAUCAUUGGACAAAAUAUGGAAAACCCUCCUUGAAAUCUAAAGUGGAAGCAUCUGCAAUGUGCACUAAGAAAUUUCCUCUGCAAUAUCCCUGUAUGAUCAAAGGUUGUGAGUCAGUCAUGAAAUCAGAGCGGAGCAUGUUGAAACAUUACGUGGGGCACGGGCUGUCAGAAAAGUACCUGGAACAGCAAAGGAGUCACUUCAUAUUCUGCAAAAAGUUCCCUCGGCAGAAGUACCGUUCCAUCAGGAGUGAUGAUUCCAAAUCAGACAACACCUCUGACCUGUCAGACAAUGAGCUGGCAGCAGAUGCUGGCCUGGAAGGAGGAGAAUAUGGAUAUUCAAAGCCUGUCCUACGCAAAAGGACCAGUGCAGAGAUUCCUGCUGCAUUGUUUGAUAGCAAAUUAUCUAAUGAUGAAAGUUCUGAUGGCUCUGUGGUGAUAAAGCGCAAACGAGGACGUCCACGAAAACUGAUUGAAAAGAAGGUUAAACGCAAAAAAAUUCCACGCACGACCAAGAUUGACAUAGUUUACAGUAAGGACGAUGACUCGGACUCUUCUUGUCCUGCAGUACUGCCGGAAGAGGCGGCUGAGCAAAGCGCUCCACUGGCCUCCUUCAAACCUAUGGGGUUUGAAAUGUCGUUCUUGAAGUUCCUGGAACAGUCAAAUAAAUCUGAACAUGCCCUGAGGAAGGUUGAUGUCCCAGAAACAUGGAGGAAAACAGCUGGCAUGAACACUAGAGACGUCUGUGUCAGGUUCAGCAACCGUCAGAAUCUGAAAUCACUUAGUAAGGUUAAAAUAAUUAUAGAUGCUGCAUUCUCAGGCAUCUCCGACCUGAUGUUGAAACAGCUGCAGUCCAUGGAGCCCACAGUGGAAUUGGGCAAGAAGUGAAAGCAGAAUCUCAGGACGUGAAUGAGUAAACUCUGCUGCAGAUUGGUGACCUUCAUAAGUGUUUUUACACAUCUUCUGUAAAAACACAGUUGUUUAGAGUAAUUAUGUAAUAUGUGUACAAUAUCUUUUUUCUUUUUUUUUAAUUUUUAUAAAAAUGUAUAUAGCAUGAUUUUAUUUAGGGACUGAUUAGUCGAAAAGUGAACUGAGUAUUUUGCUGAUAAUGAAGAUCUGAUAUCAUUGUCGGGUCUCUGUCUCUUAUCCCUGUGGGACUCCAUACAUACGGACUUUGACAUAAUUCUGUUGUUGUGUGUACUGUGUGAUUUGAAGAUGUUAUUUACUGUGCGAUGUGUUUAUUGUUUUGAUCACCCACUGCCACCAGCAGUCUUACUAUUAAACUUGUUUUUUAACAGUUCAA